AUGCUACACACGAAGCUUUCACUGCAGGUAAGAAAAGACCGGUGUCUUCUGACCAUAAGAAAGGAAGUUAGCGGGGCCAUUACUGACAACCAAUUUCUAGUGGGCUACAUUACGUGGUUCGAUGGGAGCAGUGCCAGUGCAGGUGCCCCACAGCCCCUGAUCUAUAUUAUAAAAGGUUAUCGAAUUCCUUUCAUAACCAAACCGCCACAUUUAAUGCCAGAAAAUCAACGGAUUACAUUAGAAUCAAUGACAACAUCAGCGGCCAUUGCCCAGAUGUUAUCUCAGAAGGUUUUAAAGCAGGUUCCAGCCUCACCAAGCUUCGUUUCACCAAUAUUUUUGGUACCAAAGCCCGAUGACAGAGAUCGACCUAUUCUGAACCUUAGCUUAAAAGCCUUAAACAAAUUUGUCAAAACAAAGCCUAAAUAUUCUUAG